GUUCUUCACCCUCAUCACAUCCUGUGCCUAUGUCCCAGGCAUCUACAACUUCCCUGCCUGGCCACACAGCUCAGGACCAGGUUUCAGAACCAUGUCUCCAGCCCUACCUACUUUCUUCUGUCUUGGGCUGUGUGUACUGCAAGUGAUCCAAGCACAGAGGGGCUCAUUCCCUAAGCCUUCACUCCAGGCUCAGCCCAGUUCCCUGGUGGCCCUGGAGCAGACAGUUACUCUGCGGUGCCAGGGGCCUCGGGUCGUGGAUUUAUAUCGAAUAGAGAAACUGAAAUCCAAGGAGUAUAAUGAUCAAGACUUUCUCCUCAUCCCCCGCAUGAAUAUAAACAAAGCCGGACGCUACCGUUGCUCGUAUCAGAAUGGGAGUCACUGGUCUCCAAGUGACCACCUUGAGCUAAUUGCUACAGGCAUUUACAGUAAACCCUCACUCUCAGCUCAUCCCAGCUCAGUAGUCCCCCCGGGCAGGGACGUGACUCUGAAGUGCCAGACCCCCGAAAGUUUUGAUCAAUUUGUUCUAUACAAAGAGGGGGAUACUGGGCCUUACAAGGGAACCAAGACAUGGAAUGGGGCUGAUUUCCCCAUCACCAAAGUGACUGCUGCUCACAGUGGGACUUACCAGUGUUACAGCUUUUCCAGCUCAUCUCCAUAUCUGUGGUCAGCCCCCAGUGACCCUCUGGUGCUUGUGGUUACAGCCACUCCCAGCCAGGUACCCACAGAGGCGCCAUCUCCCACAACAGAACUCUUAGAAGCCUCCAGGAGACCUUCUAUCUUACCCACAACCAAGAUAUCUACAACUAGUUUUUCCCGUCAGCACUAUGUCAAGGGGAAUCUGGUCCGGAUAUGCCUUGGUGCCAUGAUUGUGAUGUUCCUGGUGGGGCUUCUGGCAGAGCAUUGGCACAGUCGGAAAAAAUGCCAGCCACACAGGAUCAGAGCUGUGCAAAGGCCACUCCCACCCCUCCCACUGGCCUAGACAUAACAUGAUUGGUAGGAUAGAUAGGGGUUGACUCGAGGUUCAUCAACAUUAGAGCCCCAGACAUGGAUACACUCAAGAAUGUGUGUGGAGAAUGAGAGCAGAGGCAACAAGGUAGGAUGGCGGUCCAUACGCCUUCUUGGUGUUUGAUCAAGCAGUUGAGCCAAUGUCUACUUUGCUCCAAGAACUCUACCCGUGAUGGAAAAAUCUAGGGGAAGUCUCUUUCCUGAUACCUUGUGCAUUGUGGAUAUCAUAAUAGGCCUGUGUAAUGGCAUUUCUUCAAGCUUCUCCAACGUGGAUUCUAGGUUGAUUUACCUGGCUUACAGAGCUGACCUGUUCCAUCCUUUACAUGUCCAGUGUUCUCUGGUAGUUUGUGCACCUCUGUGGUACUCCAUAGAUUUAGCCUUUACCCUAACCCCAUCUUAAGUCACAGUUGGAUAAAUCUUUUACUUUUUAGAAUGGAAAUCUGUUCUCCAGAAAGUAGGCUAGGGUGUUACUUUUCAUUAAUAUAUAAUAAUCUGUACGAUCAGCAUAGUCUUUUUCUUGUUUACAGCAGAUAUAUUUCAAGACUCCAAAUGGAUGCCUAUGAGUACCAAAUCCUGUACACAUGUUUUUCCUACAUAUAUUUUGGUAUUUUGACACCAUUAAAAUAAGUAUCUGACCAGAA